UGCGCAUGCGUGAUAGGACGUCUGUGUUUUGUGAGCAGUCGAAAUUAUGGCCGUAGUGAUGCAGACGGAGGACUUUCCUUACCUACCCACGGGUCCGGCGGAAGUAAAUAAGAUGAUAAAGGAGCACGGCGACCUGUUUUCUGACUCCCAGUGUAAAGUCUGCAAUGCUGUCCUCAUUUCUGAGUCUCAGAAGUUGACGCAUUAUCAGAGCAAGAAACAUGCUAACAAAAUGCGGCGAUACAUCUCCAUGCAAAAUGAGGAGCCGGCUGUGAAAAAGUUAAAGCCAUCACCUGCGAGUGAUUGUAAUAAUGGAGACACUGAUCGGACUAAGGUGUGUCCUCUGUGUAACAUGACGUUCUCCUCUCCCGUGAUCGCCGAGUCUCACUACCAAGGCAAAGUACACGCCAAGAAACUGAAGCUGAUGAUGGUCGGCCUCCAGGACCCCGCAGCCUCUCAAAAAGCAGCAGCAGCAGCAGCGGCGGCCGCAGCAGCAGCAGCGGUGGCCGCAGCUCAGCCAAAGAAGAAACCCGCAGAUGACGUGAGCGAUGUGCCGGUGGCGGGCGGCUGUAACAAAAACAACAACAACAACCCGGACCGUUUCUGCUCCACCUGCCAGGCCUCCUUCAACAACCCACUCAUGGCCCAGCAGCACUACGAGGGCAAGAAGCAUAGAAAACGCAUGACCAAGCUCAAACUGAUGGAGACGUACGGUCCGUCCACAGCGCCAGCUUCCACACAACAAGGCUACCAGUGUACUGUCUGUAAGAUUGAACUUAACUCUGUGGAGCAGUACCAGUCUCACAUCACCGGUGCAAAACAUAAGAACCAAAUGAAGAAAUUAGGCAAAAACUCCGCUGACAACCAAGAAAGUGCAGAACCAUCGCACGGCGGCAGCGGCGACGACAACAAGUUCCCCAGUGGAGACGAGCAGUACGCCGCAGCAGAAGACCAGUACGCUCCCACAAACGAGCCGUUUGCCCCCGAGGAUUACCAGUACGGAGCUGGAGAGGAGGCGUACGCAGCCGGAGACAACCAGUACACGCCCGAGGACAAGCAGUACUCAGAGGAGUACCAGUACACUUGAGGCUGGAGUGGGAGGGACAUUUUCUGUCAGGACUUGGAAUAAUAACACGCAGCCACCAGCCCCUUUAACUCCAUCAUUAACAAACCAUCGACCUCCAUGGACCUUCCGCCUCCCGUCAGUCAGUCAGUCAGUCUCUUGUAGGUUUCGUGCAAACCAGGUACAUAAACUAAACCAGAGUUCACAGACCCUGAAGAAUGUUGUUGUUUGUUGUUUUUACUUGCAAUGAUGACGCAGCUCCUUCUGCAGCCACAGUGAAGAAUGUCUGCGAUGGUUUAAACGGCGUGCUCCGUUUGACGUUUGCUUUUUAUCGCGCGAAUGUUCCAGAACGACGACGAGCGUCUGAAUCCACUCAUUAAAAGUGAAUUUAACCUUUGUUUUACAGCCUCAGUUCAGACUUCACUGAUAUCACAGCGCUGAACGUUCAACCACGAAAACUCUAUUUUCUGCUCAGAAAUGCACGUAAAUGAAUAUAAUUUGACAUUAAAAAAAAGCUUCUUUAAUAGUUUAAAUUUUAGUUUUUUUAUUAUAAUUAUGGAAUUGUUUGUUCUGUAUUUCAUUAGGUUUCUAUAAAGUAAAGUUUGAGUGUUGGCACUUAAACUGUGUCACUCUCACAAACCUCUGACUCUUUAAUAAUUCAGUCAUUGUGAGUUGUUUCCUCGCUAUUGUACGACGUUAUUAUUAUGAUAUUUAAAUCGAUAUUUUAUGAACCGAAUACUCUGAACAAACAAUUUGAGGAUCAGACUCAUCGAUGCCUGUUUCGAGCUUAAAUAUAAAGUUACAUUUCUGCACACGUUCAUUUACGGGCGAUGAAAUGAAAGGAUGAUUGCACUGUUGAUGUGAUUCGAUCGUCCUGGAGGUGACGUGACCUCUGACCUGUACAGGAAGUGGAUUUCUAAGCUCGACAGGAGACUAAACGAUGCUUGUCUUUGCUCUGUAACUGCUCUCUCUCUCUGUCUCCCUGUCUCUCUCUCCAUCAUCACAUUUGUACGAGUGAUGUCAGAUUUAGGAAGUGAUGUCAAUAACAAACGUUUAUAAACCAGUUUAAAAGGAAGGUCGACUUUUUAAUAUUGAAUGUCUUCAACUCUCCUGAUGAUGAAAAACGUUUUGUUUGUUUGGAAAGUUAUUUAUAUAAAGAGGGCUGAUGUAUAUGUGUGUAUAGAUAUAUGUAUA